AUGUCGACCGACCCCAAGAAGCCGGCCGAGGUCGAGGAUGAGGCUGAGGACACGGGAAAGACGGCCGAGGACCGCGCCCUGGCCUCGCUCGACGCCGUCGGCCCCCAGUCCGAUGAGAGCACCAAGCAUGUCGACCACGAGGCCGUCAGCAAGGCCAUGAAGAACCUGAAGCUCGGCACUGCUGCUGCUGCCACGAAAAAGGUCAAGGUCGAUGCUGCCGACGUGGCCCUUCUGGUGAACGAGCUCGACUUGACCAAGGCCAAGGCCACAGACCUGCUGAAAAACCACGAUGGCAACGCAGUCUCGGCGCUACGGGCGUUUGUCACUGUGAAUUAG